AUGGUCGCCUCCAAAGGUCAGUCGAAGAAGCGGUCAGCGCCAACGCAAGGCGGGCCUAAAUCCAAGAAGGCUCAUCUUGAAAGACGCAGGGAAAAGCCUGCAUCAGCACCAGCUGAGAAAAAACCGAAACGAAGUCGGCCAGUCACACAAGUUGUGGAGGAAGAAUCGGAAGAUGAUGAUGAUGAGGGGGAGGAUGUGGGUGCAUUUGAGGAUGUGGAAGAUGGGGAUGAAAACGAAGAUGUAAUGGAAACAGAUGAGCCAAAGACCUUCAAAGAUCCACAAGCCUCCAAAGAAGCCCACAAGGCGCAAAAAAUCCUCCACGAGCAGCGAAAAGCACUCAAACCACACUCGACACUGUUAGCUGACGCCAAACGAGUCUGGUGUCUGGCCAAUGCACAGAAUGUCCCACCUGCGGAGCGACAAAAGCAUAUCGACGACCUGAUGGGCGUGAUUCGGGGCCAUGUGAAGGAAAUCGUUUUCAAGCACGACGCGAGUAGAAUUGUGCAGACGGCCGUCAAACACGGCCGUCAGAAAGAAAGGGACGAAAUUGCGUUGGAGCUCAAGGGGUCGUAUCUGGCGCUGGUGCAGAGCAAGUAUUCCAAGUUCCUCGUCUCAAAACUCAUCCGGUUAUGUACCACUCAUCGGCCCGCCAUCUUGAAAGAGUUCCAAGGCCAUGUGUUGCGCCUUCUCCUCCAUCGAGAGGCGACGUCAGUUCUUGCUGACGCGUUUGAGCUGUAUGCCAACACCUAUGAGCGUGCCCUUCUCGUUCGUGAUUUUUAUGGCAAAGAGGCAACAUUGGCCACUGUCACGAGCGGCAGCGAACAGGAUAAAGAACUGGCCAAGAAAGGGCUGGCAGGGCUACUGGAAAACGCGGACAACGAUCGACGACGGAGAAUUUUGACGUCGCUGAAGGAGUCGUUGACGUCGAUCUUCAACAACUCAGAUAAAGGCGCGAUAACACAUGCAGUAGUUCAUCGUGUACUGUGGGAGUACAUCAGCGUGGUCACCAGCCUCCCCGACGAGGCUGAAUCUACCAAACAUUUCCGCGAGAUAUUCGAAUUGCAAAUGUCAAGACAUGCUGGCAGAGCUCGUGCACACAAAAGACGGCAGCAGAGUCGUGCGGGAAUUCUUGGCGCGGGGCACAGCGAAGGUCAGCUUGCAGCAUCUCACUUCCAACCAACACUGAAAUUAUGGCAGGACCGAAAACAAAUUAUCAAAGUGCUCAAACCACACGUUGAGCGCAUGUGUCUCGAUGAUGAGGCCCAAACAGUGCUCUUCACCGCCCUUGAUGUCAUCGACGACACCAAGCUCCUCGUCAAAACACUCGUUCCCGAGAUAACCACACCUGUCAACACCCUUGUCGAAACACCCCAAGGCCGGCGCGCCAUUCUCUACCUUCUUGUCCCCCGCACGAGAAGACACUUCAUCCCCGCUCAAAUUGCCAGCCUCGCCGAAACUGAUGCUCUCCGGGCUCAGACGAGUAAGAAGGCGGUUGACGUAAGGCAGGCGGAGGUUCGGGCCGGCGCGAGCGAGGCAUUGUUGGCGUGGGUCAAGCAGAAAGGCGGGAUCCUUCUGCGAGAACCCGCGGCGAGCUUGGUUGUUGCUGAGAUUAUGCUCUUCACCGAGGGUGACAAAUCCGGCGCAAGCCAAACGCUAUUACGCGCCGUUUCUGCAACAUAUCCUGGGGCUGACGAGACAACGACGCACCCAAUCGACCUCCCACACAGCUCGAGGCUGUACAAAACCCUCUUGCAGGGCGGACACUUCAACCGCACAGCCAACUCGGUCGACCGGUCGUCAAGCUGGGACUGUGGUGCCUUUGCACGUGAUUUUGUUGAGAUCGUCGGCCAGGAUGUGUGUGUCGCGAUGUGCACGACUGGGGGCUGCAAUGGGACGUUUGUCAUUGCCGAGUUGUGUGGCGCGCUCGUUACCUCAGACGACGACCAUUCAGCAGAGACAAGGAAAACGGUCAAGCGUUGGUUCAGCGGUAAGGUGAGGAAAACAAUCGAAGCAGGGGAUGCAAAAGGGAAGAAGGUGCUACUGGACAGGAUAGACACAUUGUAG